UACCACCACUCUCCACAUCCCCCUUUCUUCGCGAUGGCCAUGCUUCCUCGUGCCGCUCGCCCCGCCGUCAACGCCGCUGUGCGCCCGGCCAUCGGCAACACCAUCGUUGCUGCUCGUGCCUUCUCUUCGACUCCUUCUCAGGGAGCUACGCUUCGUGAGCUUGAGACCCGCCUCAAGUCGGUCCGCAACAUCGAGAAGAUCACAAAGUCGAUGAAGAUGAUCGCCUCGACGAAGCUCAACAAGGCUCAGCGUGCCAUGGCCUCUGCUCGCGCUUACGGCAAAGCCAACCAGGAAGUCUUUGAGAACUCGGAGGCCAAGAGCGCCGAGGGUGGAAAGGCCCUCUUUGUUGUCAUCUCUUCGGACAAGGGGCUCUGCGGUGGUAUUCACUCGUCCGUCGUCAAGCGCGCAAAGAAGGAGCUCCAGGCCAUUGGCUCAGCAGCAGGCUCUGCCGACUCGACGGAGGGUCCCGCCAUCUUUGCCCUUGGUGAGAAGCCCAAGGCUCAGCUGUCCCGUACGCUCCCCAAGAACAUUGCCGUCUCGUUCAACCAGAUUGGCAAGGAUAUCCCCACCUUUGCCGAUGCCUCUGCCAUCGCAGACAAGAUCGUCUCGUCGGGCAUCAACUUCGACAAGGUCAACAUCAUCUACAACUCGUACGUCUCCGCCAUGAGCUUCGAGUCUGCCAUCAUGGAGGUCCUCUCGGAGCAGUCUCUUCGUGACGCCCCCGGCUUCAGCACCUACGAGCAGGAGGAGGACACGACCAAGGACUUGGCCGAGUUUGCCCUCGCCAAUGCCAUCUAUGCUACGCUCGUCGAGGGUCACGCAGCUGAGAUCAACGCGCGAAGGAACGCAAUGGACAAUGCCUCGUCGAACGCUGGAGACAUGAUCACCAACCUCAACAUUCAGUACAACCGUUCUCGUCAGCAGGUCAUUACCACGCAGCUUAUCGACAUUGUCACUGGUGCUGCUGCGCUGGACUAAGUGUGUGCGAUUGAGACGUGCGAGAAGGGAUUAGAGGGGUGGAAAAAGCAGGCAGCACGUGUGCAGGAUGAUGCCCGAUGUACGAGCUGCAAACUCUGAGGCAGAGUGAUAGAAGGUAGAAUCUGGCGAUUCAGCGAGAGAUGGACGAGGAGGAGGAGGAGGAGGAGGAGAUCGAGACGAGGGAGGAUGAGGCGGCUACCUCCUAUCUCCUGCACUCGAC